CUCACUGACUUUUGGGCCACUCGAGGUUUAAACUUGGCUAAGUGUCCUGUUACCCUCAACAACUUUUUAAAAAGUUUUUAUUUUACAGAAAAGCCUUGAAUGUGAGGUUAACACUGAGGAACUGUGUUUGGUUCAAGGAAGUAGCAGCUGAAAUGGCUCCUUUGAUGUUUAAAGACGCUUUCUGGGGGUCUGAUUUUACCUGCCAUUCUGGGUAUGACGCAGUGAUCCAGCGUCUACGAGAUGGGAGGCAAAUGUGCAAAGAUGUGGAGGAGCUGCUAAAGAUGAGGGCACUAGCUGAGGAGAAAUAUGGAAAGGAACUGGUGACCAUUGCUCGCAAAGCUGGAGGACACGUAGAAAUCAGCACAUUGAAAGCAUCCUUCGAACAACUGAAAACUCAAAUCGAGAACAUUGGCAACUUUCACAUCCAACUAUCUGAUACACUGAAAGAGGAGGUGAAAAAGAUUGAGACAUUCAGAGAACGGCAGAAGGAACAGAGGAAGAAGUUUGAAAGCAUCAUGGAGAAGGUUCAAAAGAAAAAAGUUUCAUUGUUCAAGAAGACCAUGGAGUCUAAGAAGAACUACGAGGCGAGAUGCAAGGAGGCUGAUGAGGUAGAAGACGGAUCUGAGAAAGCAAAUGUUACAUCCAAAAACUCUGAUAAGGUACGUCACAGGAUCAAGCAAUGCAGACAGACUGCCAGUGAAGCAGAGAAGCUGUACUCAAACAACAUUGUGCAACUAGAAGCUGUUCGCCAGGACUGGGAAGAAACACACAGAAGCACUUGUGAGGUGUUCCAGCAAAUGGAGGGAGAUCGCAUCAGCAUGCUGAGGUGUGCCCUCUGGGACCAUUGCAAUCAUUUCUCCAUGCAGUGUGUUAAAGAUGAUGAGCUGUACGAGGAGGUGAGGAAGCUUCUGGAGCAGUGCGACAUUACCACAGACAACAAUUGUUUCAUAGGAAUGAAAAACACAGGGUUGAGGCCACCAGAUCCAAUAGUGUUUGAAAGCUACUACCAGAUGGGGACAGCCAGGAACAGAAAUGGUCAAGUUCAUUUUGCAGAAAGAGAAGGCAUAACAAGGAGAUGCUCUGACCCCCUACUCGGAAGCUCUUUGAGCUUCACCGUUGACAGCACUCAGAACUCCCGACCAGCACUGGCAUCUAUUGGAGAGUUUGAGACUUCAGAUGGCGGGUUUGCAUCUCUACCAGACCUCCAGCAAGAAGCACCACUGCUCACACUUCCAACAAAUGACAACUUCUACAUUGUGGCUUAUGAAUACGCUGCACAGGAAGAGGAUGAACUAACUGUGAGCAGAGGAGACGUGGUCCAAAUGCUGGAACAAGGAGAGGAUGGCUGGUGGAAAGUGGACAGGGGGGGAUGACUGGACUGGUGCCAGGAAACUAUCUGGGCAAACUUUGAACAUGCGAGCAGACACACACGCCCACAUACAGUCAUGUUUCUAUCACUGAACAGCACAUGAAUCUACAUUUAUAAAUCCAAUGAAGACCUGCUGUAACCACAACUAUAAUUCAUACUUGCCUAACCCUAAUCAUAAACUAAGCUGUAUCAUAAAAUUCAAAAUGUAAACAGAUUUGUGUCCAUAUGACUAAGCCAGCUGGGAUAGGCACCAGCCCCCACAUGACCCUACAGAGGAUUAAGUGGUGUAUAGAUAAUGGAUGGAUGGAUAACAUUAACAUAAUAAGUCCAAACACGCAAACACAGAUAAAUAUACGACCACAGACACACACACACCCAGGACAGUAACACACACUUCAUAUGCUUAAAACAGACAAGUAAUGCAUCAUAUGUAAAUGAAUAUACACCAUAAUGCCACAACACACUGUCUACCGAUACACACAUCUCUGUCUGGCUUCUCAAAUACAUCGCUGAUGUUUGAACUCGCCCCGAAUUAACAAUCUAGCUUCAUUUACUUCACAGUAGAUCAUGCGAACAAUUUGCAUAAUUUAUGAUAGGUCUUCAUUCAUUCUUAACUGCUUUUUAGCCAUCCUUGGUAUUAUUAUUUAUUCGCUGUGACUCAGCCAUGAACAGAUAUUAUAGUGAGAUUAGGUACUGAAGAUGGUAAUAAAGCAGCUACUGUCUGCUCCCUCGCUGUUUUUUUCUUAUGUUUUUCAUUCCACAGAUAGAGGGCUAUGUUGCAUAUGCUUUUGUAUAUGUCUGAUACCAUUUUCUGUGACUGCUGGAUGGACCAUAGGUUACCAUGGAAACAGCAAAUAAUCAAAAUUCAAAAAUAAGGGUUUACUAAACUGAGCAAACUACUAGCGCAUAAACAUGUAAGAUACAUUUCCCAUGCGACGAAUGAAAUAUCAAAUCAAAACAAUGUGGAUGAAAUAACAAAUAAAGCAGUCCGGGUGAAAUGUAUGACUUUAUUUGUCUCCUGCUUGUUCUCCAUUCUAUACACAAUUUGUUUCUCUGAUUUUUUUACCUGCGGCACUAGCUAAAUGUCUACGGGGUCAACAUAAAAGCUCAAAAAUAUUAAAACGAUGCACAACUUCACAAAAAUGUAUAAAAUAAUGUGUUGUAGUUCUUUGCAUCAGGCUCGUAACUAAUAAUCAAACUAAACAGAAGGGUUUCUGUGGCUGGAACAAACUGAGUCUACGUGUACACGUCUUCAGGUAACAUUGAUGAUAGUCGUUACGGCACUGAAGACCCAAAGGUU